UACCAGAGCCGCGUGUAUGGCAUUCACGUGACUGACGCCCACUCAACACACCUCCCAUUUGAGCGCAUUUUGACGCAAAUCCAACACAUCGUUAACCUCAUCGGCAAAGAGCUCAUCACUUUCGAUACACAUCUCUUUGAGGUAUCGGACAGCGUGUGCACCACUUUCAUCAACAAAGACUCGCUCAUCAAAUCAAACUCAUUGAUACUUAUGUCCCGCAAAUCGCAAACAAAUAUCUCUCAAACGAUGGCUAAUACUGAAGAUAAUGAGUCCAUUGAUGACGAGAUAUCGAUUGUUGAUGUUAUUGAUGCCAAACCGCUCACAACUACUGUCGCAUCGGAUGGCAUUCAAGUCGCGAAGACUGAUAACGAUUCCGAAGGCAAAGUGCAGACUAUUGUCAUUGUCUCGAGUGAUGAAGAGUUGGACACAAAGCCAUUAGACGUGAAGAUUAAGGCCAAGAAAAAGAAGAUAUUAAAGGAGCAGAUGUUGUCUGACAUUCCUCAGGAGUAUCGCUACGAAAAUCUUUUCAUUAAGACGUCUGAAGACAUAGAUAUGUUCAGCACUUUCUUGGAUGUAAUCAAAGAUUUUUCCGAUAAUAACUGCGACCUAAUAGCAGAUCACGAGUGGACUCAUGCCAUACAUCACCGCAUGAAAGCCAAGGGCUAUCAUGACUGUCAGCCUAAGAGUUGGCGAUGCUUUUACAUGAGUCUCACCGAUCAAUACCUCAAAGUCCUCAAGACUAUAUCGUCGACCGCGGAGACAGAGUUCCCAUUCUUUGCCAAAUUUAAUGAAAUACUAUUCAACGCCAUUAACCCUAUAAUGAGGGAUAUCUUGAAUUCGCGGACCCGUUUCCUGAUCUGCUGUCAACCAGAAGAUCCGCAAUUUCUGGCACUUCAGGUGACGGCUGACGAUCAGAAGACUGAGUCGGAUCUGAGGAAUAAUUUUCAGAAGAAACUCGAGAGGAAUAUCUCUGCCAUUAAGGAGUUUGUUCUAUUGGUUCGAGUGAUAGUCCACCAAAGAGUUGGCUCACAUGAGCCACACUUCCAGGACGUGAUCACUAGAGAGAUGUUGAAGAAUGGCAUCAAUUGGGCGGCAAGUAAGCACUCGGAGAAUGGCAUCAAUUGGGCGGCAAGUAAGCACUCGGAGGUCAGGUGGUGGGCACCCAAUGGCUUCCUCGACACUUGGCUUACAUUCUACUUCAAUAACCUCACAAAUUACAAAAUUUCAUUGACUUCUCCCAAUCGUGUCGUGCGAUACGUCUAUAAGUAUUUAAAUUCAAUUCAAACACAAUUCCCGGAUUUGAAGCAAAUUUUUGCUGCCAAUGAAUACUUUACUGAGAAGUUGGUGUCAAUUGAAAAACGUUUUGACGCCACGUUUCGUGAAGUAAAGCCCAAACUGGAGGUCAACAACACGUCUGCCAAACGCAAGCAAAGCGCUGGCAACACGUCCCGAAAGAAACCCAAAAAGUAUAACAAAAAGAAGCGUAACUACAAGAAAAGGCCUAAUUAUGCGGCAAAUCGUGGCACUAAUUAUACCCAAAAUCGUAGCAAUUAUACGACAAAUCGGGGCAAUAAUUUCAAUAGAAACAAUUCAAACGCAUCCACUUCGGGAAGUACUGGAGUUUCGGUCAAAAGGGAACCAAAUGUUGUGAUUAAAACGCCGCAGACACGAAGACCACAGAUGUCUGGAUUGGAUAGACAGCGGUUCGUGUCGUUGAGCGAUGAGGACUACGAAGAGAUCAAAUGCGGGAUCUGUUUGGGAGUCCUCAACAAACCGGUGGUCACCCAAUGCUGUCAACAGUCGUAUUGCAACCAAUGUAUCACUGAAUGGAUCAGAAACAGCAAAACGUGUCCCAAUUGUCGCAAAGCACUGACGGCUAAGAAGUGGUUCCCGGCGCCGCGUUUUAGUGUUAAUCUCAUCGAAAGACUGGACAUCUGUUGCGAGUUUAAGGACAAUGGGUGUCAACACGUAUGCAAACUGUCACUCCUGGACCAACACCUGAAGGUGUGUCCACACAAUCCCCUGAAUCGGUGCCCCUAUUGUCAAGAAGUGAAUACUAGUGAUCAUAACUGCGGUCCACAGUUGAGACAACAGGUGGACAGUCUUCGGGCCGAAGCGGAGGCGCUGAAGGCGUCAAACCAGAAGUUGUCAUCCAUUUCGCGAAAGUAUAAAAACAAAUGCAUUGAAUGGGAGAAUAGAUUCGGCGAAGAGAUGAGACAAAAGUCGGAGGAAUACGAGACACUGUUGACUGUGAACACGAGUUUGGAUCAACAGAUCCAGGCGUUAAGGCAAGAGGUUCUGGAGCUGAAGACAAAGGGCAGUGAUAUGUGUGAACAAAAUCAGAGCUUUUCGACAGAAAACCAGAAACUGAGACAAGAGUUGAAAGAAUUGCGAGAUUUGUGCGACAAUUGUCUCAAAAGCAAAGAAGUCGUGGAGAAGAGUAACCAGAGUUUGGCUCAAGAGUUGAGUGAAAGGACCCGAGAGUUGCAGACAUUCAGCGAACAAAGCGUUGAAUUGAAUGCUUUGAGAGCCGAGAAUGAAGUCCUGAAAUGCAAUCAAUUUUCAAACGAUCAACACAUCUGUGAUGUGAUUAAGUCGGCGAGAGAUCACACGCGACAGCCGGACAUUCAUCGCUCGAAACUGUCGAAAGUGUCCCAAAAUAUAGUAAUUAAUAAAAUGAUUGAAUCCAUCGAUAGGAACGACACAUUUCGGGAGAUAGCCAUUGAUCUGAAGCGGGAUUUGGAGGCAUAUAAACGGGGCGUCUAUUGGAAUACAUUAGUCUUUUGCAACACGUGUUGCCAUCCAAUCACUUACAGCGAUGAAGACAUGAUUGACGUGUCUUUCGGUGCCCUCAGACUGAAACUCAUAUCAAUCGCCGCAAACAAUGGAAACAAUACAAUACAAGGUGUCACUGCAUUCAGAGGUAAUCAGGCAUUGAAUGAAAUUCCCCGACAAUUCUUCCGAUUAGUUUGCAAUGACUUGAGGCAAGUCGUAUGGGAACCCAACGCGAAAAUGAGUCCAUUUGUGGCGCCCAUAUCGCCCCUGUAUGUCAAUGGGUCCAAGAAAUGGUUCCGAACCCCAAACCGUGUGGGAGAGGUGUGGCGGACAAGGGGUAAGGAUUAUAAGCGACAAAAUGCAAACAAUUGGGAACUCUUUGUAAGCAAUGAUCAGGAGAUGGAGAUUAUGGAGUAUGAGAUGGAAAAACAGCCGUCCGAUACAUUGGAAAGUCGUGCGGAUGGGGUCGCCAUCCGUAUGGGAAUCGAUGGCUGGCUCUACGAGAAGCGACGGCGGGGAGGGGUCUGGGAAAGGUGGGAACAUUCAAGUAUCCGUUCUUCAGACUCAACCCUCAGCCAUAGGCUGUCAAUCGAUACUCCAUUUCAAUCACAAGAGUUGUUUCCAUUGAAAGAGAUAGAAGUGUCAACAGAUGAGUCGCAAUCCCAUCAUCCGGUGAUCCCAACCACUUCUGGACAGUCUGUUUGUACUCAUCAGACAAAUGAGCCGACGAUAAUUGAAACCACAUCUUCAUCGACACGACUGUCCAAUUCAUGUCCAGUGCUGUCAACUAUGAAUGGACAGGACGUUCCCAUCAAACCUCAGAUGAGACUUAAAAGG